UGGAGCCUCCAAGCCACAACAAAGAUUGCCCUUGUUCGCUGCAAGAAAUGCACAAGAGAAACGCUGGAGACACCCCAGCAACAUCGACAAUCUCUCAAGAGGGAAACAAAUUCGAAACUCGUGCCAGCUCCACUCAGUCAGAUGACAGUCAAGGGUCACAAGGGUUGAUGGACGAAUCCCAAAGCAUUGAGUCAACUCAAACUUUAGGACAACAUUCCCAGGAAAGUAGUGGGUCAAGCUUGUGCCAGUUCUGUAGAGAUAGAGAUCUUCCCUUGCUAGACCAUGUGGUCACCGAGGCAUUUGAUCUAAUUGGCAGUCGACCCCUUGAUCGAAUUGUAAUGACUGUACUUCUACGGGAGGACAAUCUUUACCAUGUGAACAUCCGCGAGCUGGGCACCGGCUUUGUUGUAGGCUGCUUGCUAGCAAACGAUGCGGCUAUCGAGGAAGCCAUCAGUCUGGGCCUGUUUGAGCAAAUCCUUACAUUUUGUGUGACAGAUGUGCGUAGCACGAUUAAGCCCAAGGAUGGGCCUUUUGCCAUACACUUUGAGCUCAUAGAAAAACGCGAAAACGGCGGCGGCUUUAAUAAGGAGACAGCCGAAACUAAGAAAGUCCAGAAAUUUGCCACUCAAGUGCUGGGUCUGAAUAUUGGAUAUGUUAGUCUUCUUUUCUCUCUAACUAAUGCUAUCAAAAUGGACAAGCAAGCGUCUGAUUGCAACUUUAGGCCGCCUUCUGGUUUCCCAGCUCAAGUGAACAGAGACCCAGGAGAGUUGUUCAGUUCUAGAUUGAUAUUAAUUGACAAUGUAGAGAAUUAUUCAACUCGUAGUUGCACAGACUCAGAAGGAAGAGAUAAUUUAGGCUCGUCAUCUAGUCUGUUCCUGCGCAUUGUGACUGGUAGGGCGGAUCGUGAAGAACAUUAAAUUGGAAAAUUAUAUCGGACCAACUUUCGAUGGAAUAGGAAGGCUGUUGCACAAUAAGUAAAGUAAAUAACUAAACAUAUCGUUAUAGUCGCAACAUUUUCGUGUUCUAUUGCCAAUGCAAUAAUGCAUUUACAAAUGCUCUCCAGUGAGUUAGUAAUUACCAGGACAACUGUGCCGGGAUCCAUCGAAAUAUGCCCUGAAAAAAAUAUGAUAUUGUUAAACUUA